CUGAUUGCGAAGGGCGCAAAACAAAGACCUCCAAGUGAACGUCGUCAACGAAUGUCCUGUCCAAAAUGAUCGGUAGCGACGUGCAGGCGCUGUCCAGCCUGCUGAGGGCACACGGAGACAAGAUCCUGAGCGGUGGGCAGCGUCUGACGCUGACGGCGGCGCUCGCACAGAAGCUGAGCGCUGCGUUCUGCUUGAUCACCUCGUCCGCGGAACAGCAGAACAACGACUCGCUGUCCUUCCAAGUGGUCACCCACUCUUCCAGCAACGCGCGUCUGCACGACCUUCACUUUUUGCACGACUUUGUGCAGAGAGUGGAGGCCCUCAAGUUGACCCACGGAUCGGACACUUUGCAGGGCAAUCUAGACCUUGCCAAAUUUCGCAACCUAAAGCACCUGGAGCUGGAAAAGGUCCCUCUCCACAUGGUAUCUGGACUUUCCAUUCUGCAGCCAAGACUGGUCUUUGUGAGCGUUUCAAAAAGUAUCAGUCAUAUCGAAGAUUUGCUGGGACAUAAAGAGUGGCCAGACCUGCACCGCCUUUCACUGCCGCAUAACACCCUUAGUGCCUUGGAUGCAUCCUUUGCUUGGGCAACUUCGCUCAAAGAAGUUGAUCUUCGCCACAAUGUGAUAACCAAAACAGACGGGUUGGAGCUUUUGCCAAAUCUUGUCGUCUUGGAUCUCAGCUACAAUCACCUUUCUGCUGUUCCCAAGCUGCACAAAAACACAAGCAGAACUCUGAAACAUUUUGCCAUAGCACACAACAAUCUCGAGCAGCUCAACGGUCUUGAGCAAAUGUACAGCUUAGAAGUUUUUCACUGCGGCUGGAACUGUUUGGUCGAAACCCACGUUUUGGCCUCCACCUCCAAGCUUCCACGUCUGAAGAAGCUCUGGAUGAGUGGUAAUCCUUUGAUGAGAGCGGGUCAAUGUCGAGAGAGGAUUGCUCGAAGACUGCACCCUUGCAUCAUUCCAGUUGCUGACUUCUUUUUGUUGGACGGCAAAGUUCUGAGUGAGCAGGAGCGCCGAUGGAUUGGCGCUGCAUGUAUUGACAUCAACCUUUCGCCACCUGCAACUGCUCUGGAUUCUGGAGAGGCCAGUUCGAGCAGUUUGAGCCAGUCCGUCAGCAGAAAGCCUGCUAAAGUGAGAGAAGUGGUCAUUGCUGACAUUGACGAAGCUCCAGUUUCUCCGAACAACACGUCAUUCACUUCAACUAAUGCUAGUAUAGAUACGGUUGUCGAGACCAAAAAACAAAUAGAAUCGUUAAGAGAAAAGCUGGGCGAGUCUUGGUUGGGAGGUGUUACUGGGGUGUUAGGCUUACCCUCUGAUCAGAAUGAAAGUGGAAAUGUGGAGGAGAGGUUUGAGGCCGAGGCGUGGCUCGACAGCCAACAAAAGCCAAGCAGCAGUUAUAACGUUCAAAUUGAGAAUAUUGCAGCAGACAAUCAAAUUGAGGAAGAGCCAGGGGAAAAUCAAUCAAGCGCAGAGCAAGAUAAUUCCUUCCAGCUACAUGGAGAAGCUAGUUUUGUAACCGUUGAAUGUGAUCCUUUUUUGAGUGAGUCGAUGUUGGAACCUACUUCAAGUGCCCUUCCGAUCGAUUCAGGAACCGAACACCUAAAUGAUUCUGAUGAGGACGAAGAUGAGUCGGGUGACGAAGCACCGUUUUUGGUCCAACGAGAAAUACAGAUUUCACAGAAAAACACAAUAGUCAAGGACUACUUUGUCAUCAUUGGCACAAGCAAAAUUGUCGAAAGAGAAGCUAGUGGUAAAAUUUCUGCCCAGUGGCCACUGGACUGUUUGGUCAGCUGUGAACAUAGGAGCGCAACAAACGUGUUCUUGACUUUUGACACUAUUCGCCGAGAUAAACAAAACAGGGAUUUUCUUUUGGAAGCUGACGAUGCCCUGGAGCUGGUCAAAGUUUUAAACUCGAUUUUAGAGGCACGAUCUCUUGGGGAGAUGAACCAGGCUGUGUUCAGGUGUAUGAGGUGCUCAACUCACUUCUCAAGCGAAAUCUCUGACUUAAAUAGUACGGUUGGUCGCUGUCCAAGUUGCAACAGUGCAGUUGUUGUGCAAGAAGACGUGAUGACCAGAUCCUCCGCCCAACCUAAGCAACCUGUGAUCCACGAACUUCCAACAGAGCAUCGUUUCAACCCAAUCCACCAAAAGAAAAUUUUUGCACAUCACGUUUCAGGCUCAAUCGGUUCCCUUCUUGAUCAAUCCAUGUCUGAUUCUGGCCUAGGACUGAUAGCAGGCCAAUCAAGGCACCAUGAGGGUAACGACUCUGACAUUGAGGUGCUGAGCAACCCCAGCCAGAGCAGCAUUGAGAUCAUUCCACCCUCGGAAGAGUCACACAGUCGCGAGGAGAGUGCGGCUCCAACCUCGUCUGUCGAAUCUCGUGUAAUCUCAAUCAAUAUUUCCUCACACUCCCCUCCAAUUGCGACAAACUCAUCCUCUUCGUAAUAAGAAAACACCAACUUGGCUACUAGGCUAGAGAUAAACUGAUGUUCGAUUAUUUUAUUUGCGACAGACAAAAUAAGCCAGCGGGGUCAAUUGUUGGCCUCUUUAUAGAAGUUGAGCAUGAAGUCGGCAAGCGCCUGCGCAUCUUCAACGCCAACCGCGUUGUACAACGAGGCUCGGAUUCCGCCCACAGACCUGAUAAAUCAAGAUCAAUUUUAAUAUAAUAUAGAAUUAUUAGUAUUUACAACAAUUACAAAUUACAACCCAUGAGGAUUUUAGCAAAUAAACCUAUUUUCCUUGUAAAUUUUAAAAACAAAAA